AUGGCGAUCUUGAACGCCACAGAGCUCGAGGUAUGGCGAGGUCCCUUCAGCUGGGACGGGCUCUUCUUGCGCGUGCACAUCAAAACAGUGAAGACAGACUACGACGCCGAAGAUCCCCUUACAUGGCCGCUCAUCAAAGACGUCGUUCAGACCGAAGCCAACUACGACUAUCGACAGACCAAGUCCGUUCCCCGCUUCCUCGCAUACGAACAGUCGCUGAUGGAGAAUCUCGUCACUCAACGACCUUUCGCGGGCAAGGUCAGCUGCCGACCGAAUAUUCCUGGUCACCAGAUUAAGGCCAUGUUUGCAGAUUAUCCGUACAACUUCGACAAAUACGGAGCGUUAAGGGAGUAUCCUCACAUCCCGGUGGAGGAGCUGCAUGAAUGGGUCAAGCUCAUGAGAGGUCUGACGCCAGAUGCGAAGUACUAUCCUGCUCGUCCGCCUCAAUCAACACUAAGCUCGAGCUAUCAGGUCGACGCUCAGACAGACAGUGCAGUGGCCCACGAGCUCUUCAACAAAGACCACGCAAGCAACACCACCACACAACCUCCUCCCUUCACCAGACCACAACCCGAUCUCUCAACCACACACAACCAGCUCCACCCCACCACCCCAGCCACUCUCCAAGCUCGCACCUCCUCCCACACCAAGCCUCUUCACGCAGUAACGCAAAAAGUCCGCGCCCUAGAGCUCCUCCUCAACGACCAGCACCUCGAAGCCGAGGAGCGCGCAAACGCCGCAGAGAACAGGAUCGGACUACUCGAGCAGCUGGUCGAAGGAAAGAAAAAGGGUCUUGAGACGGCAGAGGAGGAACUUGGCAAGAUAGAGGAGGCUAUUUUGCGGGUUUGGGGGAGUUGA